AGCAAGAGUGGACUACAUGUAACUGUUGUAGCUCUUCCAGGUUGAGUACAGGUGAACGUACUGCUGGUGAUCAACACCUGAUUAUUCGCCUUUCCGGGAAAUUCCAAUGACUAGAUCAGUGCGUUAAAAUAAGUGCUACAGAAAUGACUAGACAGCUUCUGAUAGCAAGUUCAGCCAUUAGCUCAUCUAAAAGAAGCAGCUGUUACUCUCCGUGAUAUUCUAGUCCAUCUGUGCAAACAUAGAAGUCAUAACACGAGCUAAGAAACACCGAGGUGGAGCAGCAGAAGAUAUUCAAUGUGUUAAAUUCAGCUGGAAGUGGUUAACAGCAAUCGGUGAGACAAAGGAUAAUUCUUUCUUACGGUUAACCCAGUUCAACUGUAGUUGCUAUAAAAAGAGUUCAUCUGAUGGUGUUAAUAAACGUUCAUAACACCUUUGUCGUUGUUGCUCCAGUGAUUGGCAUAUGAUGGAAUCCGAGCAGGAAGAUGACUUCUUGUUUGUCUUCACAGAAGAGGCAUCUUUGGACACGUCUCUGAUAUCAGUCAUGUCCGCCAUUCGUGUGGAUGGAGUACUUCCCAGCAUGUCCAUGGACUACAUUCAGCUGCACUUUGAGAGCAAAAAGAAAUCUGGAGGAGGGGACAUAGUGCAGUCACAUGACUUUCGUAGCAAAGGCUUUGUGAUUUUCGUUUAUGAAACUUCUGAAGUUGUGAAGGAAGUUUUGAAACGACCCCAGGUAAUCGACGGACAUCAUCUGAAAGUGAGCAGAUACGAAGAACACAUACCUGCACAAGAAACAGAUAUCGUCCAAGAGAAGCUGGAAAAGCCGAGGACUGUGAGUGUCCGGGGUGUGCCGACAACAUUCAGCACAGAGAUUGUCACUUACUACUUUGAGAACAAACGUCGGUCUAAGGGGGGACCAGUUGAGGGGGUCACAAAAUCUCUCGAGGAAGAUGUUUUCUUCGUCAAGUUCGAUAACCCUGAAGACGCAGCUCGUGUGGCAUCGCAUGAACACAUUCUAGAGGGACGAAAGCUCCAAGUAUGUAUCUACACUCCACCACAGAUGAUUCCCGAUCGUCUGCUCGUGCGAGGUCUCCCAGACGUGAGCGUUGGCGAGGAGCUGAAGUUGUACAUGGAAGCUAGAAGCGACACUGACGUGGACUCUAUUCUAUAUGGGGAUGGAGGUGUGGCGGUUGUCAUCUUUGCUGGCAAUAUUGAUAUUCAGAAGUUACAGGAAGGUUUCAAAAAGAGACAGUUCAAAAAUGUGACGCUGGAAGUUGAACCCAUCCCAUGCAUGUGCACAAUUCAGGUGUAUAACUUACCUGAAAAGCCCUCUCCCUCGGAAGACAUGUUGAGAAACUACUUUGAGAGCGAACACAGCAGCGGUGGGGGUGAAGUGACACGUGUGCAGAUUGACGAAAAGAGAAACUAUGCAUUAAUCACCUUUAAGGAUGCUACAGCUGCAUCAAAGGCUCUCAGUCGAAGCCACACUAUCCAAGGAAAAAAGGUAGAGUUGUUGCCUUUUUACACCUGUCUCGGUCCUACCGGUGGAAGGUCCAGUCCUCCCGUUAAGAUCCCGGGGAAGCAAAGUCUUUCCGAAACUGCGCGACAAAAGAUCGUUCACCUGAAAGGAAUCCAUGAACUGUGGCAGGAGUUUGACUCGUUGUUACAACAACACCAUGCUUGUUUUAUAGAAGCUUGUUCUACAGAAUCCGUUUACAUUGAAUGCAGCCUGACUCAGGAUACAGCAGGAGUCCGUCAGCUUGCGGCAGCAUGGACACAGGAUGCGAAGAACGCCGUUGAAGACUAUCUGAGCAAGAUUACAAUAGAAGAGGUCAUGGUCAUGUCAAAGGUAUUUUCAGAAACAGGAGCCACCAUCAGAGAUUUGGCAGAAAGGGCAGGUGCUUUCAUAAAAUAUGACUCAACUCAAGGUCUAUUAUUUCUUAUCACUAAGGAGGCCAGUACUGAUCUGGUGACGGAUAUAAAGAAAACCUUUGCUGAAGCCGAAGAGAUGUUGAAUAGAAAGUCCAGAGAAAGAUGCGAAGACUUUCCUUUAGAAGUACGCACAUACGAUUUCUUUGUAAAGAACCACGUAAAAAUGAAGGAAAUCCAAGAGACGCAUUCAAAGCUAAAGGUUUGUUAUGAUCAUCAGAGGAAGAUGCUAAGACUUACAGGAUCCGAAGCUGAAAUAGAGGAGGUGAAGAAAUUUUGUCAAAGAAUCGCCAUCUGUCAACAUAUGUGGGACAAUGAGGCCACAAGAGAGUUAUUUCGUCACCCCGAAGCUCAAAAAGUUAUUCAAACUGUCUGCAGAGAGUCAGAUCCAGAAGGAGAUGUUGAAUUUACAGAAGACGGCGUAGUUAUUUAUUCCCUCGACAAAAAUAAAAUGGGAACGAUGAAAGAAACUUGCUUGGGGCACGUUCGUAGGGAAAAGAUUGUUCUCUCCGAAGAAUUUGGAGAAGCUUGCAAAACAGAUAAAUGGAAAAAAUUCAAAGAAAAAUUUCAGCAGCUUGGUAAAGGAACUGUUCUUAUCAAAGAAGAACAGACAAACUUGAUUGUUGUUGGCGUUGGCUCAAAAUUCAAUAUUUGCUACGAAGAAGCAAAAAAAUUUUUUCAAGAAAACGUCUUCUUAAAGAGAACUUUCUUUAUUGAAGACGAGGAUCUGGCCCCUUUGUACAAAUACAGCAUUCAGGAUUAUGUAGCUUCGAAUAUGAAGCUAACUGCUAAAGAGGUUCUAUUGGGAAAAGGUUGCCUUUCUAUAACAGGGAAUAUGCUAGAGAUUUCAGCUUUUGAACGGGCUAUGGAGAGCCUGAACACGAAGAAAACGUUGAAGGAAAAAACAUUUAAUGAACCAUCUUUGUUUCGGUUUCUCAAAUCUUCCGAGGGAAAACGAGAAAGGAAGGAUAUCGAAGGAAGGCUAAAGUGCAAAAUUCGUAUUCCAAGCGAGCAAAGCUUGACGUCUGCUCAAGGUAGUGGUAGUUUACAGUCCGGUGACCAGGGACCAACGCAGACGACUGGGGCAACAGGUGGUUCUCCUCCUAGCGAUGGACAACAGAGACAGACAAGAAAAUUUGCAGACCCCCAAACACAAACAAAACCUGACAAAAAACCUGACAGUUUACCCGCAAAGCCCAGGAUUUUCUUAAAUCCCAUGAGUGACAUCACAAAGGAAGAGCAUAAUGUGCUGGUGAACUCCAGCAAUAGAACCCUGGAUAUGUCAAAGGGUCAAGUGUCGAGGGACUUGUUGAGGGUUGGAGGACCUCAGCUGCAAGAAGAAUGCAAAACGAAAUAUCCGAAUGGCAUUAAUUUUGGAGAAAUCGCAGUCACUGGCAAAGGAGGUCCAAAGGGAUUGUUCUGCAAGAACAUCUUUCACUGUUGCUUAAAGGAAGAAAAGGAUAAAAAGAAAAUCGAAAAGAUAAUCAAAGAGACUACGAUCAAAUGUCUGGAUAAAGCGAAUGAGAUGGGACACUCUUCAAUCGGAUUUCCUGCCAUUGGAACAGGGACUUUAAAGUUUCCACCCAGGACCGUAGCUGAAGCCAUGUUUAAAGCCAUUAUCAAAUUCGGGCGCCAAAAUCCUGACUGUAGUGUCAAUGAUGUGGUAAUUAUCCUCCACAAGAAAGACCAGGAAGUCAAAAAGGCAUUCCAAGAAGUAAAAGAAGAGUAUACCGCAGUAACGGAAGAUGUCGCCAGUGAUUUGCAAACCAACCCAAACUUGAAAGGAAGCAAGAGUUAUUCGUUCUUUGAAGAAACCUCGAGGCCUUUGACUCUGGUAUUUGUGGGACUCGAUGAGGGUGUUACAGACCAAGCGGCAGCAGCACUUCUCGAUGUGUACAAAGCUGCCAUCAGAAAACAUUCCGUCGAUGCUCCCUUUUUACAGUACUGGGAUGAUUUUCACGUCAGCCAGCUCGUGCAUGCUUGCAAGGUGGCAAUGGUAGACUUGACUUUCAAUUUCGAGUUAGACAGAAUUGUCUUGGGUGGUUUCACGACAGAUAUAGACAGAGUACCCUACAGCACCAUCAUGAAGGAGGCGGAGGAAUAUUUACAACAGAAAAAGUUCGUUCAUCUGAUUAGCAAGCAGGUGAGAUGGAAUUGGGUGGAGGUGGACAUGACUGGAAAAAGGCUGAUUCCAUACGACGAUACUAACAAUUACAUGAUUGAGAUGAAUUACAGAGAUGGAAAACCCUCGGUGUUUGUUUACGAUACAAACAACCAAGGCUUUAUGAUAAGAUUUCACACUAUGGAUGAGAUCCCUGAACUUCUCCCAAAUACAGAAGACCAGGAGGACUCUGUGGAAGUCUUUCGCCAUGAUCUCAUUCAUGAUGUACCAAAUGCUCCUCUACCUCCGCAUUGGACCCCUAUGGGCAAUGAUGAUCUCUUUGCUGAAGUUCCACUGAAAGAAGAUUCUUCUGACUAUACGAGGACCGCCAAUCUCUUCCGCACUAGCUAUGGACAGCCUCAUCUUGUGAUCGAAAAGAUUGCUCGCAUCCAGAACCCGACACUCUACAGACAAUACAUGGCUAAGAUGAUGGAGCUCAAAAACUCUCUACCCGAGAAUGCUCUUGUCGAGCGAAAAUCGCUGUGGCAUGGCACAAAGAGUGACUGUGUCACUAGUAUCGUCAGUCUGGGCUUCAACAGAAGCUACAGUUGGCAAAAAGAUCAAGACAACGCUUACGGAGACGGCGUCUACUUCGCCACGUCAGCGCAGUACGCGGCACGUCAGGAAUACGCCGCAGCUGAUGGUCUGGGAAGUCGACACGUGUUUCUGUGCCGGGUGCUUGUGGGCCAGUACACCCAGGGUGCGAGAGGCAUGCGCUUUCUUCCCGAAAUCCCCAACUCCAGGGGAAGGUGCUACAACAGUGCUGUCGACGACCAAGCUGAUCCCACGAUGUUUGUCAUCUUCAACGACACUCAGGCCUACCCGAAAUACCUGAUUGUCUUCAAGUAGACUGACAAGUGUUUCCUUGAACCUUUUUGAACUGAAGUUUAAGAGAGAGAAAGGAAACGCCAGACUUCUCGGUUAUCAAGAAGGAUUUUAUCACCAUACUGACUAUUAGCGCUGAAAAUAUUCAGUGAACUCUAUAUCUCAUAGCAAAAAGCUCAGUUUGAUUAAGAUGUCUAUGAUAGUAAUGUAUUCUAUA